AGAGAGAGAACAAGGGGAAUCUCCCAAAUCAGGAGUGGGGAUUGGUUAUAAUAGUAUCCCCACUCCCCAGAUGUAGAGCUCGCCCAUCCUCUAAGUUCCGCUCACCAAGCGACAACUCUUUUUUUGCGCUCUUUAAUUGAAGUGCGAAGUUCGCAUUGACGCAGGCGACGGUUUCCCUUCGUAAAAUGCAACCUUUCCGCGCUUCGCGUCUCCUGCUGAUUCUCCUGAUGCAGAUACCUGUGCAGAGUUCACAGGCUGAACCCAAUCCGAAGGUGCUGUUCCUAGAUCUGUGGAACCGCAGCUUGUGUCACCUGAUGGAGCAGCUGGUGGAGGUGAGCCAGGAGCACCCAGCGACAGGGAUGGGCUACAUCUACCACCCCGCCUGCGUGCCACUCUGGAGGUGUGCCGGUUGCUGUAGCGACGAGAACCUGGAAUGUCACCCCUUGGUCACUCAGAACACCACCAUGCAGUUGUUGAGGAUUUCUCCAUCAGAGAAAAGCUGGCAGUAUGUGGGUCUAUCGUUUACCGAACACCUCCAAUGUGAAUGCAGACCACGCCAGAAGAAACGACAUGACGACAGCUACAGUCAAUCAAUCAUGAAUAGAAGCCGAGGAAGGAAGAAGCGGAAGAGAGCAAAGACCUGUGGCUGGUGUCAGGAGGGGAACGAAUAGCCUGUCUGCAGUCCUGGGGAACACAGGAAUCGACCGGCCCGAGUCAGAUUCAUCACCUUAUGUUUCUACUAAUGCAAAAAAAUAUCUGUAAAGAUUUCGUUCAACAUUUUUUACGUUUUAUUUCUGUUCCUUUAGAUAUUUCCACAGUUGUCACUGUAAAGCUUUUGUUUUACUGUAUUUUUAUUAUUUCUAAUGAUGGUGUAGGCCUAUGCCUUGAUGGAAAAUAAUACAUUUCCAAUGAUGUGUGAGUAAAAACAUAAACCCUUAUGACCAAUAGCCUACAGUUAUUUGAGUUGACUGAUAGCAUUUAGAGGAACUAACAGGAGUUAAAAAUAAACAUAAAUAUGAUGGCAGAAAUCUUCCAUUGGUCCGAAAACAUGAUUCCCCUAUUAUCCGUUGUGUUGAGUUUCCUGUAAUCUCCUGCAUAGGUCACCUUAUCAGUGUGACGCACUCUGUGACAUAAAUAACAUGAAUGAAACUCACUUUUACAUCUUCAGUCACAUUUUUCCUGUUUGGUGCAAAUCACAAAUCACAAACAAGAUGUGGGCAGAUGAUAAAUAACGGUUUUCUAUGUAUACAAUUGUUGGUUGUUUACUUUAGUUAAGGCUUUAUUUAAACUUUACAUAGGCCUAUCUUCAUAUACACCUAACUAAGUGAAGUGUUUAGCCUACAUCAAAUGAACUACGAUUGACCUUUUCCCAUGCAAUGUGAGCUUAUGCUUUUCACUAUCCACACACGUGACAAGUAUCAGAACAUACUACGCCUGUUAUGAACAUAUUUCACUGAAGAACAGCCAACGUGGGCCUCGGGCGCCCGACGUUUAG